ACAAGAGGUGGUUAAGUAUUUUCGACCCCGUGGACUAUUUUUGAUACAAGCCGACUGUACUGUAGCCUAUCUGGCUGUAACACCAUCCUACCAGACGUAAUAUGCGUAAUUUUGCGAACCUCUCACCGUUUUACAACAGGAACGUUAACCCCAUACUUUGGACCAAAGAUCAUAGAACGAGCCCUAGAAUCUUUGCUUUGGACAUUUCACCUCUUGUGCUACCUAGCAACGAGUGGAUGUAUCUCAGGACCAUGUUUUUUUUGUUUGUUUGAACGGAUCUCUUGCUCUGCUCUAGAAUAUUUGCUUAGCCUACCGACGUUUUGCUAACUUUAAAUAUUUUCACCCGACUGUUAAGGCAGUCCAACGAUGAUAACAGAUAAUACAGAAAUGGACACAUUUGACGCAGAAGAAGACUAUAUUGAUACACCGACGGCAAACAACGUUAACGUUAAACCUGCUGGCGUGAAAUCAACUGUUCGGUCUGCGGAUGUGACAGAGGAAGAAUUAAACACACUGGAAUUAGUAAAAUCAAUUUCUCAGGCUAAAUUAACAGAAAAUACACUGAAGCAAACACGAUGGGCUGUGAGGUGCUUAAAAGAUUGGUUGGAACAACAAGAAAUGAAAGUCGACUUUGCAAACAUUUCGAAGGAACAAUUUAAUCUGAUAUUACGUCAAUUUUAUGCAUCUAUUCUUAAUUCAAACGGUGAAUCCUACAGUAUUAGCAGCUACGUGGGACUACGCUCAGGACUAUUAAGGUAUCUUAAUGACCCUCCACUGAACCGAUCUUGGAAUAUAAUGAAAGACCCUGAGUUCAGGUCCUCAAACAAUGUGUUCCUCGGACUCGUUAAAACAAUGAAACGGGAUGCUAAAGACAAGAUCAGCCACCCUACGUCAAUCUCUCCAUCAGAUUUGAAAAUAAUCAGUGAAUCUCAUGCAUGUAACCCUAGCCAUCCAAGAGGCCUCGUAAAUAAAGUAUGGUUUGAUAUUCAACUUCAUUUCGGAUGGUUAGGUAAAGAGGGAAACCGAAUGUUAACGAAAAAUUCAUUUGCAUUUAAUACCGACGAAAUAGGAAGAAAAUAUUGCACUCUGGCAACAAAAAAUCGUAAAGGCAUAACAGAGAAGGACAUUGAGGACAAUCGCAGGCGUAUGUUUGCCAGGCCAGGAGAUCCACUGUGCCCAGUAGCAUCGUUAGAGAAGUACAUUCACAAGAUGCCAUCAAAUCCACCAGCCUUUUAUUUGCAUCCCAAAAUGAAUGCCUUUGAAGUAGACUCAGUGUGGUACAUCACAAGUCCCCUUGGAGUCAAUCACAUCGCCUCGAUGCUAUCACGGAUAUGCAAAGAGGCUGGAAUUGAACAGACAUACACCAACUGUUGCUUUCGAGGGACAAAAGUUAACCCCCCGCCUGAUGUUGCCCUUCAGUCAUAUGAGAGUCUUUCUGUCAAUGGACACAGGUUCAUGGAUUUUCCUGGCCAUUUCCUAGAGGUUUUUCAGGAGCUGAACAACCAGCGCGUCCAGAAUCGUCUGUGUGAUUGCAUCGUCGCUGUGGGGAAUCGGUACUUCAACGCACACCGCGCUGUCCUGGCGGCCAGCAGCUCCUACUUCCGCUCUCUUUUAUGCAACUCAGACAGUAGCGUUGUCCAGCAGUAUGUCGUGGGCCCUGAUGGGAACAUGAGACUCCUGCAGCUAGACUCAGGAGUAGUGACCCCUGAAGCAUUCUCAACACUGCUGGAUAUGAUGUACUCCUCAAAACUGCUGCUGGACAUGUCCCACAUGACAGACCUGCUGCUCGCGGCCUCAUACCUGCACCUUACUGCAGUAGUCAAAGUCUGCAAGGAAAAGGUAAAUUCAAACACUUUGCCCACGUCACAGGCUGCCACAUCGAAACCCAGCCAUCAGGAAGACGAGGCCAAUGGCAGCUAUAAGGUAGAGCAGCGGGUACCGUUGCAGGCUUCUGACAGACCUGCCCGGAAGCGGACCUGCCCAGAAAACUCUAUGGUGGCUCAGGACCACAAGCAGCAGUACAGCCGCAAAGGCCGUCAGCACAAGUCGCCUGCAAAUAAAUGGCAGAAGUUUAACGGUGGCUCUGAAACAGUCAAGUCUUUGGCAGUGGUCCCUGCUGGUUCCUCUGAGCCUAACUUUACCCCUGUGUCAGAGAAUGGCACUGCCUGUUUAGAGGUGUAUGAGUUUGAGUAUGAGGUGCCGCCUGAGGCCGAAAGCCCUAAUCUUGAAAAAGGGUUGCAGACUGCUGAGGCCAGUGGAUUAGUCCUUAAAGUUGAAGAUGAGGAGACAUCAAUUGUAGCAAUGAAAUACGGAGGCAACAUCUCACCAACAAGAUGGGAGGCAGCAGAGUCUACUGUCCAGAUAGAUGUGAAGAACACAUCUAUAAACAUUGCAGCUACUGAGGGACCAUUGAAGACCACAGGCUGCAGUGAGGACCAAUACACUACCAGCCAGCUACCCGACAAAGUACUCCACAGCAGACAUAACAUGACCAUCUCUGAGACACAAGGGGCAUUGCAUGAACUAGGUGGAAGUCAAGGCGUGGGUGCUAACCAAAGCCUGGACUUGACUCAGCCUACCAUUCCCAAAGUCAGCAAGGUAGGUAGGAUUUCCAGGAUGACUUCUAGUUCUAACUUGGCCACUGCUGUGGGAGAGGUCAGCAGGAUCACACACAGCACUGAACUGGCAGCCUCCACCUCAUCCAUCUCAGUGGGGACAGGAGACGGUAUCAUCUUGCAGUUAGCAAAGGAAGGGUCGGGUGCUAUCCUGAGGACUGUGGAGCAAAAUUCCCUCAACCCCCUCAGACAGCCUUCAAGACGGACUACCAGAGCAAUUAAGCCAAAAUUACCAGGCUACUAACGCAUUGUUUAUUAGAAUUGUUACUUGCGCUUCUGUGUUUCUGGAGCUUAUAAGUUCCUGGCUGUGAAGACCCAGGUGGAAUAUAUUGUUGUUCUUGUCUUAAGCUAGAUAACUACUAUAAAAUGUGACAGACUUGUGCAGAGAUUAUGUUCCUACUGAUUUUUUUGAGUGCGGUCUCUUGUUUAUGACUUGACUGUAGAUACAGAGGACAGGUUUUGAAUGUGAUGAUAUUUUAUUACUUUUUGUUGCCUUUUUUUAUCCAGUUGAUAAAGUUGGACAUUAUUUCUUUACGGAACUCAUUGAUGAGUGUUUUACUGUUAAUCAAUGUUUAUCAUUAUCAUUAUCAUUAUCAUUAUCAUCAUUAUUAUUAUUAUUAUUCACUUUUCUAGGUUAUUCUUGAUGAUAUCCUGUUAUUUGGUGUUUUUGAAAUUUGUGUCACGGAAGUGUGCAUUACAUUUAUUAUUUUCAAGGUAAAACUUAAUUCCUGUAUAGCCUUGUUGACACCAGACCACAUCUCAAUUGAGAUUGAGAAUGGGUCUUGAUUCACAACUUCCAGGGUUGGUGCAUCAAACUCUUACCAAAUUGUUUCAGAAGUGCAGCAGUCAAAUAUUUCUUGUAAAUUAAGUUGUUUGUUAUAUUGACAAUUACCUGUACAAAUAUUUUCACAGUUUAUUAAUAGUAAUACACCAAUAAAGUCUUAG